CGCGCCAAAAGCAGCGGAAACGUACGCGGAGGUGAGGGAAUAAAAAGCGAGCGAACAGCCGCGUUUUCCUCCCACCAUCCUUGUUUCCUCCUUCCUCCUCCGCGCCCUUGCUCGCAAUUUCGUCCUCAUCCGUCGGUCCAUCCAUUGAGGGAGGAGAUGGCGUCCGAGAAGCACUUCAAGUACGUCAUCCUCGGCGGCGGCGUCGCGGCGGGAUACGCCGCGAGGGAGUUCGGAAAGCAGGGCGUCCAGCCCGGGGAGCUCGCCAUCAUCUCCAAGGAGUCCGUGGCUCCCUAUGAGCGUCCUGCACUCAGCAAGGGCUACCUCUUUCCCCAGAAUGCCGCGAGGCUUCCAGGAUUCCACACCUGCGUCGGGAGCGGCGGGGAGAAGCUCUUGCCCGAAUGGUACACACAAAAAGGCAUUGAGCUGAUCCUCAGCACGGAAAUUGUCAAGGCUGAUCUUGCCUCUAAGACAUUGACCAGUGCAGCUGGAGCAACCUUCACCUAUGAGACCUUGCUCAUUGCUACUGGCUCCUCGACCAUAAAGCUCACUGACUUUGGCGUCCAAGGAGCAGAAUCAAACAACAUAUUGUAUCUACGGGAAAUUGAUGACGCCGACAAGUUGGUCGCAGCUAUGCAGGCAAAGAAGGAUGGAAAGGCCGUCGUUGUUGGAGGUGGCUACAUAGGACUUGAGCUCAGCGCAGCACUGAAGAUCAACAAUUUUGAUGUCACCAUGGUGUACCCAGAGCCGUGGUGCAUGCCCCGUCUCUUCACUGCCGGCAUUGCUCAUUUCUAUGAGGGUUACUACGCUAGCAAAGGGAUCAAUAUCGUGAAGGGUACUGUGGCUAGUGGUUUUGAUGCCGAUGCCAAUGGAGAUGUUAGUGUCGUGAAGCUGAAGGAUGGAAGAGUACUCGAUGCCGACAUGGUCAUCGUUGGAGUCGGUGGCAGGCCACUGACAGGCCUCUUCAAAGGCCAAGUUGAUGAGGAGAAAGGUGGACUCAAGACUGACGCAUUCUUCGAAACAAGCGUCGCUGGUGUAUAUGCCAUCGGUGAUGUGGCGACUUUCCCCAUGAAGCUGUACGACGAGCCGAGGAGAGUGGAGCACGUCGACCAUGCUCGGAAAUCGGCCGAGCAGGCAGUAAAGGCUAUCAAGGCCAAGGAGUCCGGUGAGUCCGUGGCGGAGUACGACUACCUGCCCUACUUCUACUCUAGGUCGUUCGACGUCGCGUGGCAGUUCUACGGCGACAACGUUGGCGAGACGGUGCUGUUCGGGGACAACGACCCAGCUGCGGCCAAGCCCAAGUUCGGCACCUACUGGGUCAAGGACGGCAAGGUCAUCGGCGUGUUCCUAGAGGGCGGCUCCGCCGACGAGAAUCAGGCCAUCGCCAAGGUCGCCAGGGCCCAGCCGCCGGUGGCCGACGUGGAGGCGCUCGCCAAGGAAGGCCUUGAUUUCGCCACAAAGAUCUGAAGAUUCCUCUAUUAUCUAUCUACGCGUGUAAAUCUUGUGUUUGUCCCUCCCCUGCCGAUGCUUCCUAGUUCCUAGCUCAGAAACGUGAUUCGAUUUCUUUUUUUCCUUUUGGAGUUUGAUGGUGUUGCUGUGACCACUGUGGCAGGAUUCCAAUAAAUUUAGGGCCUUUUGAUUCGCAAGAAUUUUAAAA